CUGCGCGUGUCCUCUACGGCGUCGGAGCGGGAGCGAUGGGGCCGGGGCAGAACUCCGCCGUGCGGGUUGAAUGGAUCGCUGCAGUCUCCUUAGCUGCUGGAGCAGCUGCUGUUGGGUACCUAGCUUACAAAAAAUUUCUCUGUAAAGACAAAUGCUGCAAAGCAAUGGUGAAUCUCCAUAUCCAGAAGGAUAACCCCAAGGUAGUCCAUGCAUUUGAUAUGGAAGAUCUGGGUGACAAGGCUGUGUACUGUCGUUGUUGGCGAUCUAAGAAGUUCCCGCUGUGUGAUGGCUCUCACACAAAGCACAACGAGGAAACUGGCGACAACGUUGGGCCUCUGAUCAUCAAGAGGAAGGAGGCGUAGAGGGGACAGUAGAAGCUACAAAAUGAAUGUCUGACAAAUCCUCUGCUCACUUGUAAUUGGGGGAAAAACCACAAAUUCUUUGUCAUGUCACUGAAGACUUUCCAGUGUAGUAUGGCUUCAGCAUGUGUACUUUCUCUGGUGCUUGUCUUGUUUUAAUCACUACAAUACAUAAUUUA